GCUGCCCCCUCCCCCAAAUCCACCUUGGGACAAGCCUCCAGCCCUGGGCACAACCCAGACACCAGGAAGCCAAGAUGGAUUACACCACCUUCAGAAGUGGGGCACCCCGCUUCCUCACCCGGCCCAAGGCUUUCCUGGUGUCAGUGGGCAAAGAUGCCACCCUGAGCUGCCAGAUUGUGGGCAACCCUGUACCGAUGGUCAGCUGGGAGAAAGACCAGGUGCCCGUGGCUCCCGGCGGGCGCUUCCGUAUGGCCGAGGAGGGUGACUUAUACCGCCUGACCAUCGUGGACCUCACCCUGGAGGACAGCGGCCAGUAUAUGUGCCGGGCCCGCAACUCCAUCGGAGAGGCCUUUGCGGCAGUCAGUUUGCAGGUGGGCGAGGAUACCAUGCGAGCUGAGUUGGCUCCCUACUUCCUUCUGCGGCCAACAUCGAUACGGGUGAGCGUGGGAGAGGAUGCCACCUUCCGCUGCCGGGUACAGGGCAGUCCCCCGAUGUCUGUCAGCUGGACGAAAGAUGGCCGGCGGCUGGGCGAGCCAUCAUCUCCCGAUUUCCACCGAGUGCAGGUUGAGGCUCGGGGUGAAGACAGCUCCCUGCGGAUCCGGGGUGCCCGUCCCCGAGAUGGAGGCACGUACACUGUCUUCGCAGAGAACCCUAUUGGGUCUACCAGUGCCGCUGCUGCCCUCGUGGUCGACGAGAAGGCCCUCCUGGGUCCCAGGGCAUCUGAUGCCUCUUCUGGGACAACUGCCUUGCUGAGCCACCUGCAGAAGCGGAGGGAGGAGAUACGAUCGGAAGGGACCGGUUGGAGCUCCAGCUUGGGGCGCUGGACCAGUGGGGGCACACGCACGUGCACUGUGACUGAGGGCAAGCAUGCUCGCCUGAGCUGCUACGUAACUGGGGAGCCCAAGCCUGAGACUGUAUGGAAAAAGGACGGGGAGGUGGUGGUGGAGGGCCGGAGGCACAUGAUAUAUGAGGAUGAGCAGGAGAACUUUGUUCUUAAGAUCCUCUUCUGCAAACAGACGGACAACGGACUCUACACGUGCACAGCCUCCAACCUGGUGGGUCAGACCUAUAGCUCUGUGCAGGUGGUGGUGAGAGAGCCCACCAUACCCUUCAAGAAGAAGCUGCAAGAUCUGGAAGUCCGGGAGAAGGAAACCGCCACAUUCCAGUGCGAGGUGCCCCUGCCCGCCACCGAGGCCUCUUGGUAUAAGGAGGAGACCAGACUGCGGCAAAGCAAGAAGUACAACAUCGAGGAGGAAGGCACAUGGCGUCGGCUGACUGUGCAGAACGUCACCACGGAUGAUGAUGCCGUCUACAUCUGUGAGAUGAAGGAGGGCAGCAGGACCAUCGCUGAGCUCUCUGUCCAAGGCAACAUCACCAAGAAGCUCCCAAGGAAGACCAUGGUACUGACUGGGGACACGGCCAUCUUCUGCGUGGAGCUGGCAGCGCCGGCUGACCCCAUCCGAUGGCUGAGGAACCAGGAGGAGGUCAAGGCUGGGGACCGCAUGACGAUCACUUCCACAGGCACUUGCCACGCACUGACCAUCAGACAGUGCCACCAGGAAGAUGCUGGGGAGAUUGCGUUCCUGGCCGGCGAGUGCAGGACCUCAACCCAGUUCAUUGUGUCUGUCGCCAGGAAGCCUCCUCCACAAGCCCCCUCCGAACCUGUGGUGAAGGCCAAAACGGACAGUUCUGUGACUCUUGGGUGGUCCCCACCACUGCUAGACCGGCCCUUUGCCAUUGACGGCUACUUGGUGGAGAAGAGGAGACUGGGCAGCCAGAGGUGGACUCGGUGCCAUGAGACAGAACAAAUUUCCACGCUUGAGGUGACCGUGAGCAGCCUGCUUGAGGCAGGAGACUAUCAGUUCCGAGUGGCAGCUGUGAACAGCUUUGGCCAGGGCCCCUACCUCGAGUUUCCAGGGACCAUCCACCUGGAACCCCAACUGGCUGUGAAGACGCCCCUGCGAGCUGUGGCGGCAGUAGCUGGUGGUGAGGUGACUUUCACUGUGGACCUCACCGUGGCUUCCUCUGGCGAGUGGUUCUUGGAUGGGCGGGCCCUGCCGGUCAGUGACAUAUAUGUGAUUCGUUGCAAAGGCACCCAACACUCCCUGACCAUCAGCCCGGUCCCUGCCAACCUGGAUGGUGCCCAGCUCAAAUUUGUGGCUAAUGGCAUAGAGAGCAGUAUCCGGAUGGAGGUCAAAGCUGCCCCCGUGCGCAUCACCAACAAGUCGGCGGCUGCCGUGCAGAAGAUCUCGGCCCGCCUGCACGAGGAGGCCCAGCUCUUGGCCGAGCUCUCAGACCAGGCUGCGGCCGUGACGUGGCUGAAGGACGGCCGGGCCCUGCCCAGCGGGCCCAAGUAUGAGCUGCAGGCCACGGAGCAGCGGCGGGUGCUUCGGGUGCACGAUGUGGCCCGGGAUGACGCGGGUCUCUACGAGUGCCUCAGUCCCGGGGACCGCAUCGCCUACCAGCUCUCUGUGCAAGAUCUUGUCCAUUUCCUACACAAAGAUGUGGCAGGAGGAUAUGUGGAAGCUGUGUUGGGAGGCCAGGCCCAGUUUGAGUGUGAGACAUCAGAGCCCCAUGUGAUGGUGCGUUGGUAUAAGGAUGGCACUGAACUCAGUCGUUCCCAGCGCCUCUCCCAAGAAGACAAGGGAACAAAGCACCGACUGAUGGUGGGCAGGGUCACCAGGCAAGAUGAGGGCACGUAUGCCUGCAGAGUUGGUGAAGACACACUGGAGUUCAAGCUCAAGGUGUCUGAUAAAGCAGUGAAGUUUAUCAACAAGCCAGCAACACCUCCUGAAGUGAUUGUCAGCCCUGGGGGGCAGCUAGAGCUGGCCUGCGAGGUGUCCGAGGCUGAUGGGACUGUGGUGUGGAAAAGGGAGCAGAAAGAGGUAAAGAAGGACCAGAGAACAGAGAUUCACACCCAGGGCACUCGGCGGACCCUCAUCCUUCACCGGAUAACCCGCAAUGACCAGGGCACUUACAGCUGCCAUGCUGGAGAUGACCAUAUCACUUUCCAUGUCCGAGUCCAAGAACCCUCAUCAGUGUUUGCCAAGGAACAGCCAGUACAGAAUAAGGUGCAGGUGGUGUCCGGAGAAAGUGCUACCCUGAGCUGUGAGGUGGCUCAGCACCAGACGGAUGUUACAUGGUACAAGGAUGGGAAGAAACUCAGCUCAAGCCAGAGGGUUCAUGUGGAGGCCAAGGGCAACAGCCGGCAGCUGGUGGUGCAGCAGGUGGGGAAAGCAGAUGCUGGAGAGUACAGCUGUGAGGCCGGCGGCCAGAAGGUCACCUUCCACCUCAGCGUCAAAGAAUCUGUGGCUGUGUUUGCUAAGGAUCAGCAGACAAAGAACAAGGUACAGGCUGUGGCCGGCAGCAGUGCCACCCUGAGCUGUGAGGUGGCCCAGGCCCAGACAGAGGUGACCUGGUACAAGGACGGGAAGAAAGUGAGCUCCAGCCAGAAGGUGCAUGUGGAGGCCAAGGACUGGAGCCGGCAGCUAGUGGUGCAGCAGGCUGGGAAGGCAGAUGCUGGGGAAUACACCUGUGAGGCCGGGGGCCAGAAGGUCACCUUCCAUCUUGAUGUCAAAGAAUCUCUGGUGGUGUUUGCCAAGGAGCAGCAGACUCAGAACAAGGUGGAGGCCGUGGCUGGUAGCAGCGCCACCCUGAGCUGUGAGCUGGCCCAGGCCCAGACAGAGGUGACCUGGUACAAGGAUGGGAAGAAAGUGAGCCCCAGCCAGAAGGUGCACGUGGAGGCCAAGGGCCGGGGCCGGCAGCUGGUGGUGCAGCAGGCAGGGAAGGCAGAUGCUGGGGAGUACACCUGUGAGGCCGGGGGCCAGAAGGUCACCUUCCGCCUAGAUGUCAAAGAAUCAAUGCAAGUAUUUGCCAAGGAACAGAAGACACAGAACAAGGUGGAGGCCGUAGCUGGUAGCAGCGCCACCCUGAGCUGUGAGCUGGCCCAGGCCCAGACAGAGGUGACCUGGUACAAGGAUGGGAAGAAAGUGAGCUCCAGCCAGAAGGUGCAUGUGGAGGCCAAGGGCCGAGGCCGGCAGCUGGUGGUGCAGCAGGCAGGGAAGGCAGAUGCUGGGGAGUACACCUGUGAGGCCGGGGGCCAGAAGGUCACCUUCCAUCUGGAUGUCAAAGAAUCUGUGGUAGUGUUUGCCAAGGAACAGAAAACUCAGAGCAAGGUGGAGACCGUGGCUGGUAGCAGUGCCACCCUGAGCUGUGAAGUGGCUGACGCUCAGACACAGGUGACCUGGUAUAAGGAUGGGAAGAAACUGAGCCACGGCCAGAAAGUGCACAUGGAGGCCAAGGGCCGGGGUCGGCAGCUGGUGGUGCAGCAGGCAGGGAAGGCAGAUGCUGGGGAGUACACCUGUGAGGCUGGAGGCCAGAAGGUCACCUUCCAUCUGGAUGUCAAAGAAUCUGUGCUGGUGUUUGCCAAGGAGCAGCAGACUCAGAGCAAGGUGGAAGCUGUGGCCGGUAGCAAUGCCACCCUGAGCUGUGAGGUGGCUGAGGCCCAGACAGAGGUGACCUGGUACAAGGAUGGAAAGAAGCUGAGCCCCAGCCAGAAGGUGCACGUGGAGGCCAAGGGCCGGGGCCGGCAGCUGGUGGUGCAGCAGGCAGGGAAGGCAGAUGCUGGGGAGUACACCUGUGAGGCCGGGGGCCAGAAGGUCACCUUCCGUCUGGAUGUCAAAGAAGUGUUUGCCAAGGAGCAGCAGACUCAGAACAAGGUGGAAGCUGUGGCCGGUAGCAGUGCCACCCUGAGCUGUGAGGUGGCCGAGGCUCAGACAGAGGUGACUUGGUACAAGGAUGGGAAGAAAGUGAGCUCCAGCAAGAAGGUGCAUGUGGAGGCCAAGGGCCGGAGCCGGCAGCUGGUGGUGCAGCAGGCAGGGAAGGCAGAUGCUGGGGAGUACACCUGUGAGGCCGGGGGCCAGAAGGUCACCUUCCGCCUGGAUGUCAAAGAGAUCACAGUGGUGUUUGCCAAGGAGCAGCAGACUCAGAACAAAGUGGAGGCCGUGGCCGGCAGCAGUGCCACCCUGAGCUGUGAGCUGGCCCAGGCCCAGACAGAGGUGACCUGGUACAAGGAUGGGAAGAAACUGAGCCCCAGCCAGAAGGUGCAUGUGGAGGCCAAGGGCCGGAGCCGGCAGCUGGUGGUGCAGCAGGCGGAGAAGGCAGAUGCUGGGGAGUACACCUGUGAGGCCGAGGGCCAGAAGGUCACCUUCCGUCUGGAUGUCAAAGAGCCCCCGGUGGUGUUUGCCAAGGAGCAGCAGACUCAGAACAAGGUGGAGGCCGUGGCCGGUAGCAGUGCCACCCUGAGCUGUGAGCUGGCCCAGGCCCAGACAGAGGUGACCUGGUACAAGGAUGGGAAGAAGCUGAGCCCCAGCCAGAAGGUGCAUGUGGAGGCCAAGGGCCGAGGCCGGCAGCUGGUGGUGCAACAGGCAGGGAAGGCAGAUGCUGGGGAGUACACCUGUGAGGCCGGGGGCCAGAAGGUCAUCUUCCACCUGGACGUCAAAGAGCCUCCAGUGGUGUUUGCCAAGGAGCAGCAGACUCAGAACAAGGUGGAGGCUGUGGCUGGUAGCAGCGCCACCCUGAGCUGCGAGGUGGCCCAGGCCCAGACAGAGGUGACCUGGUACAAGGAUGGGAAGAAACUGAGCCCCAGCCAGAAGGUGCACGUGGAGGCCAAGGGCAGGGGCCGGCAGCUGGUGGUGCAGCAGGCAGGGAAAGCAGAUGCUGGGGAGUACACCUGUGAGGCCGGGGGCCAGAAGGUCACCUUCCAUCUGGAUGUCAAAGAGCCCGCAGUGGUGUUUGCCAAGGAGCAGCAGACUCAGAACAAGGUGGAGGCCGUGGCCGGUAGCAGCGCCACCCUGAGCUGUGAGCUGGCCCAGGCUCAGACAGAGGUGACCUGGUACAAGGAUGGGAAGAAACUGAGCCCCAGCCAGAAGGUGCACGUGGAGGCCAAGGGCCGGGGCCGGCAGCUGGUGGUACAGCAGGCAGGGAAGGCAGAUGCUGGGGAGUACACCUGUGAGGCUGGAGGCCAGAAGAUCACCUUCCGUCUGGAUGUCAAAGAAUCUGUGGUGGUGUUUGCCAAGGAACAAAAGGUGCAGAAUGAGGUACAGGCUGUGGCCGGUAGCAGCGCCACCCUGAGCUGUGAGCUGGCCCAGGCCCAGACAGAGGUGACCUGGUACAAGGAUGGGAAGAAACUGAGCCCCAGCCAGAAGGUGCACGUGGAGGCCAAGGGCCGAGGCCGGCAGCUGGUGGUGCAACAGGCUGGGAAGGCAGAUGCUGGGGAGUACACCUGUGAGGCUGGGGGCCAGAAGGUCACCUUCCAUCUGGAGGUCAAAGAUUCUGUGGUGGUGUUUGCCAAGGAGCAGCAGACUCAGAACAAGGUGGAGGCUGUGGCUGGUAGUAAUGCCACCCUGAGCUGCCAGCUGGCCCAGGCCCAGACAGAGGUGACCUGGUACAAGGAUGGGAAGAAGCUGAGCCCCAGCCAGAAGGUGCACGUGGAGGCCAAGGGCCUGGGCCGCCAGCUGGUGGUACAGCAGGCAGGGAAGGCAGAUGCUGGGGAGUACACCUGUGAGGCCGGGGGCCAGAAAGUCACCUUCCAUCUGGAGGUCAAAGAUUCUGUGGUGGUAUUUGCCAAGGAACAAAAAGUGCAGAACGAGGUACAGGCUGUGGCCGGUAGCAGCGCCACCCUGAGCUGUGAGCUGGCCCAGGCCCAGACAGAGGUGACCUGGUACAAGGAUGGGAAGAAACUGAGCCCCAGCCAGAAGGUGCACGUGGAGGCCAAGGGCCGGGGCCGGCAGCUGGUGGUGCAGCAGGCGGGGAAGGCAGAUGCUGGGGAGUACACCUGUGAGGCCGGGGGCCAGAAGGUCACCUUCCAUCUGGAGGUCAAAGAUUCUGUGGUGGUGUUUGCCAAGGAACAAAAGGUGCAGAAUGAGGUACAGGCUGUGGCUGGUAGCAGCGCCACCCUGAGCUGCGAGCUGGCCCAGGCCCAGACAGAGGUGACCUGGUACAAGGAUGGGAAGAAACUGAGCCCCAGCCAGAAGGUGCACGUGGAGGCCAAGGGCCAGGGCCGGCAGCUGGUGGUGCAGCAGGCGGGGAAGGCAGAUGCUGGAGAGUACACCUGUGAGGCCGGGGGCCAGAAGGUCACCUUCCGCCUGGACAUCCAAGAACCAGAAACAAAAGCACCUGAGAAACCUGCCAAGAGGGAGCCGUUGGUAGUGCGGGAGCAUGAAGACAUCAUUCUGUCAGCCACGGUCACCUCCGCCGCAGCCACCGUCACGUGGCUUAAGGAUGGGCUAGAGAUCAGGCGAAGCAAGCGCUAUGAGUUUUCGAGUGAGGGAACCACUCACACCCUCACUGUGUAUGGUGCCCAGACCCAAGACAGUGCCAUCUACACCUGCAAGGCCAACAAGGAGAAGCAAGACUUUCCUGUCCAGGUAGAAGAGGUCCCUGUGAAGUUUGCCCAACCCCUGAAGCCGGUGAGUGGAGAGGUUGGACAGACAGUGGUGCUGUCCUGUGAGCUGAGUCAAGCACUGGGCGAUGUGGUAUGGUGCUGUGGUGGGAUGGAGAUCCGUUCUGGCAAGCGAUUCCAGAUGGGAGCAGAUGGACCCCGGCGCACCCUCACCAUUGUGGGACUAAGGGCUGAGGAUGAGGGCGAGUACUGCUGUGAAAGUCGCAAUGACAAGACUACCACCAAGCUCACAGCCAUCGUCCCCCGAAUGGUCAAGUUCACAUCAGGCCUGAGCAAUGCAGUCUCUGAAGAAGGCUCUGAGGCCACAUUCCAGUGUGUGGUUACCCCCAGCAAUGCUGUGGUGGUCUGGAGUCAGAAUGGUGUGAAGCUGGAGCCUGGAGCUAAGUAUGUCAUCUCUCAGAGUGACGCUAGCCACAGCCUCGUCAUUACUGCCCUGACCCUCGAGGAUGCUGGCCAGAUCACGGCCGAGGCUGAAGGGGUCACCACAAAGGCCAGUCUCAGAGUCCGAGAGGCCCCAGUACUGUUCAAGAGGAAACUGGAGCCAACAACAGUGGAGGAGAAGGGCUCAGUGACAUUAGAAGUGGAGCUGACCAAGCCUUGUUCUUCUGUGAGAUGGACUCGGAACACCGCAGCCUUAGUGCCCGGUGAGAACGUGGAAAUCCGAGCUGAAGGCACACGCCAUAGCCUACUCCUUAAGAACGUGAGCUUCGCCGACCGGGGCUUUUUCGGCUGCGAGACGCCAGAUGACAAGACACAGGCUAAGCUCAAUGUGGAGAUGCGUCAGAUCCGGCUGGUACGGGGCCUGCAGGCCAUAGAGGUGCGAGAACAGGGAACAGUGUCCUUGGAGGUGGAGCUCUCACACAGCGAUGUGGAAGGCAAUUGGACCCGAGAUGGCCUGAAGCUCAAGUCUCAGAAUAACUGCUGUAUCACAGUCCAGGGUGUGAUUCACAAACUGACCCUGUCUUCCUUGAGCCUGGAAGAUGCUGGACUCAUAGCCUUCAAGGCAGACGGUGCCCACACAUCUGCAAGACUCACUGUCCUUGAGCUUCCUGUGAAGUUUAGCCACCCCUUGCAGGACGUUGUGGCUACGGAGAAGGAGAAGGUCAUUUUGGAGUGUGAAUUAUCCCGGGACAACCAUGAUGUCAAGUGGCUAAAGGGUGGAGUGGUGCUUCGAGCAGGGAAAGGACUGGCAAUUGUUUCCCAGGGGACCAAGAGGAGCCUUGUCAUCCACAAGUGUGAGUCUGGAGACCAAGGUACCUAUGUAUGUGAUGCCGGUGAUGCCAAGACUUCAGCCACACUACAAGUGCAAGGCAGGAAUAUACAGAUUGUGAAGCCCCUGGAGGAUGUGGAAGUGAUGGAGAAGGAAAGUGCAACCUUCACCUGCCAGAUCUCCCAUGAUGAGGUGCAGACCCAAUGGUACAAGAAUGACAGCAAGAUCCGGCCUGGGGACAACAUCAGGAUGCGCCAGGAAGGAAAGACCUACUCUUUGCACUACUGGAAAGUCAUGGUAGAAGAUGCAGCAGAGAUCAAAUUUGUGGCAGAGAAUGCAGAAUCUCGAGCCCAGCUCAUAGUGAAAGAGCUGCCAGUGGUGAUUGUGCGGCCACUGAGGGACAAAAUUGCCAUGGAGAAGCACCGGGGAGUAUUAGAAUGCCAGGUGUCAAGGGCCAGUGCCCAGGUGCGAUGGUUCAAGAAGGAUGUGGAGCUGUGUGCUGGGUCCAAGUACGAGAUGGUCAGUGAUGGCAUCUAUCGGAAGCUCAUCAUCAACGACGCUCAGCCAGAGGAUGAGGACACGUAUACCUGUGAUGCUGGCGAUGCAAAGACCAGCGCUCAUUUCUUUGUGGAAGAACAAUCCAUUACUAUUGUACGAAACCUGAAAGACAUGGAAGUGAUGGAACCGGCUCCAGCCUGGUUCGAGUGUGAGACCUCCAUCCCAUCUGUCCGUCCCCCCAAGUGGCUGCUGGGCAAGACGGUGCUGCAUGCUGGGCAAGAUGUGACCAUUGAACAAAUGGAGACGGUCCACCGCCUGACCCUCCACCGAACCUGCUCCACCAUGACGGGCCCUGUGCAUUUCACCAUUGGCAAAUCCAAGUCCACAGCUCAGCUCAUUGUCUCAGAUAUCCCUGUGCUGCUGAUCAGGAAGAUGGAGGACAAGACUGGCCGGGAGAAGCAAUCUGUGGUCCUCUCUUGUGAUUUCAAGCCUGCUCCUAAGGCAGUGCAGUGGUACAAGGGUGACACCCUUCUCGAACCCUCUAACAAAUACAAGAUGAAGCUGGAGAAUCACAUGGCAGAGCUGCGGAUCCUGAAGCUCACACCUAGUGAUGCCGGUGUCUACCGGUGCCAGGCUGGCAACGCUGACAGCAGCGCCACCGUCACCGUGGAAGCCCGUGAAGUAGCGGUGAUACGGCCCCUUCAGGACGUGGAGACGAUGGAGGAGGGCAGCGCCAGCUUCUCAUGUGAGCUGUCUCAUGAGGAUGAGGAGGUGGAAUGGCUGUUGAAUGAAACUCUGCUCUAUAAUGACAGCUUUCAUGAGAUCUCCCACACGGGAAGCUGCCAUACACUGGUGUUUAAGCGUGUGAGCCUGGCAGAUGCAGGCACUGUGAGUCUCAAGUCGGGCAAGGUGUCCCAGUCAGCCCAGCUGACGGUGAAAGAGAAGCCUGUGGUGUUCCUCAAACCCCUGGAUGAUAUAGCAGGUGAAGAGAGGGGCAAGCUGGCUCUGGAAUGCGAGGUCUCCCACCCCAAGGCCCAAGCCAUCUGGAGGAAGGAUGGUGUGGAGCUGGGCCCCAGUGACAAAUAUGAUAUCCUGCACACUGACCGUACCCGGGGUCUUGUGAUACAUGACCUCUGUCAGGAUGAUGCUGGCCUCUACACCUGCGACAUUGGCACUGACCUGACCCGCUCCCAAGUCAGUGUUCAUGAACUGCACAUUGGCAUCACCAAACGACUGAAGACCACAGAGGUGCAAGAAGGAGAGAGUUGCACCUUGGAGUGCAUCCUGUCCCAUCAGAGUGCUGGUGAUGUGGGCACUUGGACAGUCAAUGGGAAGGAGGUGGGCAGCUCUGGCCACUUCCGGGCCUCAUGCCAAGGCCGGAAAUACACCCUAACACUUCGAGAUGCGGCAAUGACGGAUGCUGGCGAGGUGGUGUUCUCUGUCCGUGAUCUUACUUCUAAAGCCUCCCUGAUCAUCAAAGAGAAGCCAGCAUCCAUAACCAAGCCCCUGGAGGACCAGAGGGCACCAGCUGGGGAGGAUGUGACCUUAAGCUGUGAGCUCUCCAAGGCAGGUGCCACUGUGAGGUGGUCAAAGGAUGGCAAAGCAAUCAGAAAAGGUCCCAGAUAUGACCUGCGCUGUGAGGGCUCCCAGGCCGUUCUUGUCAUCCGUGCAGCCUCCCUCAAGGACACUGGCGAGUACACAUGUGAGACUGAGGCCUCGAAGAGUAAAGCCACCCUCCGGGUGGAAGAAAAGCCCAAUUGCUUCACCAAGGAGCUGACAGAUGUGAAGGGUGAGGAGAAGGGCACGGCGGUAUUUGAGUGUGAGACAGAGAAGCCAGCAGCAGCUGUGACAUGGCGGAAGGGUAUCACAGAGCUCCGGGCCACGAAGAAGCAUGCGCUCAGCCAGGCAGGCACAGCCCUGAAACUCACCAUCUCCACCCUGGAGAAAGGAGACAGUGACACCUAUACCUGUGACAUUGGGGAUGCCCAGUCCCAGGCUCAGCUUGUGGUACAAGGACAAAAAAUCCGCAUCACUGAGGACCUGGAAGAUGUGGAAGUUUCAGAGGGAUCAUCAGCCACAUUUCGAUGCCGGAUCUCACCUGCUGACUAUAGUCCUGUUCAGUGGUUUCUGGAUAAGACCCCACUCCACACGAAUGAACUCAAUGACAUCGAGGUGCAGCCAGGGGGCUACCACAUGCUGACUGUGAGGCAGCUUGCCGUCAAGGACUCGGGUACAAUCCACUUUGAGGCAGGUGACCAGAGAACGUCCGCUGCCCUGAGAGUCACAGAGAAACCCUUUGAAUUUUCCCGGGAGCUUACUGAUGCUACAGUUACCACAGGGGAGACUCUGACCCUCUGCUGUGAGACUACAAUCCCAGACAGCCCAGUGCGCUGGACCAAGGAUGGCAAGGCCCUACGGCCCUCAGCCAAGUGCCAAAUCAGCCGUGAAGGCUGUGAAGCCCGGCUGGUUAUUACCGGUGCCAGAGAACAAGAUGGUGGGCGCUACGUGUGUGAAUUUGGCAAGGCCCGGACCAGCUCUAUUGUCAGGAUCGAAGCUGCACCAAUCUACUUCAAAGAGGAGCUGAAGGCUAUAGAAGUCUCAGAGGGAGGAGCCACCACCCUACACUGUGUGCUCUCUGCUGUGGCUGCCCCGGUGGAGUGGCGCAAGGCCACCGAGGUGAUCCGGCCUAGCAACAAGUAUCACCUACGGCAGGAGGGGGCCACUCUUGAGCUGAUUAUCCGAGACCUGGAACCUCAGGACAGUGGGGAGUAUUCCUGUGUCUUCAAGGACCAGAAGACCACAGCCACCUUGACUGUCAAGGAGCUUCCUGUAAGGUUCAUAGUUGAACUCCAAAGUACAGAAUCCACAGAAGGAACCACAGCCACAUUGCAGUGUACGCUGAGCAAGGCAGCUCCUGUGGAGUGGAAGAAAGGUCUGAAGAGGCUCCGAGUCAGUGACAGAUACCACCUGAAACAGGACGGGGCUGUGUGUGAACUGGUGAUUCAUAGCCUUGAUGUGGAUGACACUGGAGACUAUACCUGUAUAUGUGGAGAGGAGAAGACCACAGCGACCUUGACUGUGAAGGCCCUGCCUGCCCAGUUCUUGGAAGGACUGAAGAGCACAGAAGCCACAGAAGGGGCCAUGGCCAUGCUGAGGUGUGAGUUGAGUAAGGCGGCUCCUGUGGAGUGGAGAAAGGGUCUGAAGAGGCUUCGAGCCAGUGACAGAUACAGCCUGAGGCAGAACGGGGCUGUGUGUGAGCUGGUGAUCCAUAAGCUGGAUGUGGAGGACUCAGGAGACUACACCUGUGUGAGUGGAGAAGCUACGACCACGGCAACCUUGACAGUGAAGGCGCUACCUGCCAGGUUCAUAGAAGGACUGCAGAGCAUGGAAGCCACAGAGGGGACCGCAUCCACAAUGCAUUGUAGGCUAAACAAGAUGGCCUCAGUGGAGUGGAGGAAGGGGUUGAAGAAGCUUCGAGCCAGUGACAGAUACAGCCUGAGGCAGGAUGGGGCUGUGUGUGAGCUGGUGAUCCUCAACCUUAAUGUCAAUGAUGCAGGAGAUUACACUUGUGUCUGUGGGGAGGAGAAGACCACAGCAACCUUGACCGUGAAGGCCCUGCCCACUCGGUUCAUCAAAGGUCUGGGAAGUAUGGAAGCAGCUGAAGGAGCCACAGCCACACUCCGCUGUGAGCUGAGCAAGGAAUCUCCUGUGGAGUGGAGGAAGGGGCAGGAGAAGCUCCCAGUCAGUGACAGAUACAGCCCAAGGCAGGAGGGGACUGUGUGUAAGCUGGUGAUUAACAGGCUGGCCAUGGAUGAUGCUGGAGACUACACCUGUGUGUGUGGAGAGGAGAAGACCACAGCAAAUCUGAACAUCAAGGCUGUGCCAGCUCAGUUCACAGAAGGCCUAAAGAUCAUGGAGGCCACAGAAGGGUCCGUAGUCACCCUGCACUGUAAGCUGAGCAAGGUAGCCCCUGUGGAGUGGAGGAAGGGGCCAGAGAAGCUUCAAGCCAGUGACAGGUACAGCCCAAGGCAGGAUGGGGCUGUGUGUGAGCUGGUGAUCCAUAGGCUGCACAUGGACGAUGCUGGAGACUACACCUGUGUGUGUGGAGAGGAGAAGACCAAGGCGACCUUGACUGUCAAGGCCCUUCCUGCCCAGUUCACACAGGUUCUGGGGGCCGUGGAAGCCACAGAAGGAGAUAAAGCCACCCUGAGGUGUGAGCUGAGCAAGGCAGCCGCUGUGGAAUGGAGGAAGGGGCCAGAGAAGCUCCGAGCCAGUGACAGAUACAGCCCAAGGCAGGAUGGGGCUGUGUGUGAGCUGGUAAUCCAUAGACUGGACAUGGAUGAUGCUGGAGACUACACCUGUGUGUGUGGAGAAGAGAAGACCAAAGCGACUUUGACUGUCAAGGCCCUACCUGCCAAGUUCACAAAAUUUCUACAGAAGACUGAGGCCACAGAAGGGUCCAUGGUCACUCUACACUGUGAGUUAAGUAAGGCAGCACCUGUGGAAUGGAGGAAGGGGCCACAGAAGCUUCAAGCUAGUGACAGAUACAGCCCAAGGCAGGAUGGGGCUGUGUGUGAGCUGGUAAUCCAUAGACUGGACAUGGAUGAUGCAGGAGAUUAUACCUGUGUGUGUGGAGAAGAGAAGACCCAGGCAACCUUGACUGUCAAGGCCCUACCUGCCAAGUUCACAAAAUUUCUACAGAAGACUGAGGCCACAGAAGGGUCCAUGGUCACUCUACACUGUGAGUUGAGUAAGGCAGCCCCGGUGGUUUGGAGGAAGGGGCCAGAGAAGCUUCAAGCCAGUGACAGAUACAGUCCAAGGCAAGAUGGGGCUGUGUGUGAUCUGGUGAUCCACAGACUAGACAUGGAUGAUGCAGGAGACUACACCUGCGUAUGUGGAGAAGAGAAGACCAAGGCAACCUUGACUGUCAAGGCCCUGCCUGCCAAGUUCACAAAAGUUCUACAGAAGACUGAAGCUACAGAAGGCUCUGUGGUCACUCUACGCUGUGAGCUCAGCAAGGCAGCCCCUGUGGAGUGGAGGAAGGGGCCAGAGAAGCUUCAAGUCAGUGACAAAUACAGCCCAAGGCAGGAUGGGGCUGUGUGUGAGUUGGUAAUCCAUCGACUGGACAUGGAUGAUGCUGGAGACUACACCUGUGUGUGUGGAGAAGAGAAGACCAAGGCGACUUUGACUGUCAAGGCCCUACCUGCCAAGUUCACAAAAUUUCUACAGAAGACUGAGGCCACAGAAGGGUCCAUGGUCACUCUACACUGUGAGUUAAGUAAGGCAGCACCUGUGGAGUGGAGGAAGGGGCCACAGAAGCUUCAAGCUAGUGACAGAUACAGCCCAAGGCAGGAUGGGGCUGUGUGUGAGCUGGUAAUCCAUGUGCUGGACAUGGAUGAUGCAGGAGAUUACACCUGUGUGUGUGGAGAAGAGAAGACCCAGGCAACCUUGACUGUCAAGGCCCUACCUGCCAAGUUCACAAAAUUUCUACAGAAGACUGAGGCCACAGAAGGGUCCAUGGUCACUCUACACUGUGAGUUGAGUAAGGCAGCCCCUGUGGAGUGGAGGAAGGGGCCAGAGAAGCUUCAGGCCAGUGACAGAUACAGCCCAAGGCAGAAUGGGGCUGUGUGUGAGCUGGUGAUUCACAGACUGGACAUGGAUGAUACUGGAGACUAUACCUGUGUGUGUGGAGAAGAGAAGACCAAAGCGACCUUGACUGUCAAGGCUUUGCCUGCCCAAUUCACAAAAGGUCUGUGGAGCAUAGAGGCUAAUGAAGGGGCCACAGCAACACUGCAUUGUGAGCUGAGUAAGGCAGCCCCUGUGGAGUGGAGGAAGGGGCCAGAGAAGCUUCAGGCCAGUGACAGAUACAGUCCAAUGCAGGAUGGGGCUGUGUGUGAGCUGGUGAUUCACAGACUGAAUAUGGAUGAUGCUGGAGACUAUACCUGUGUGUGUGGAGAAGAAAAGACAAAGGGGACCUUGACUGUCAAGGCCCUGCCUGCCAAGUUCACAAAAGUUCUUCAGAAGACUGAAGCCACAGAAGGGUCUGUGGUCACUCUACACUGUGAGUUGAGUAAGGCAGCCCCGGUGGUUUGGAGGAAGGGGCCAGAGAAGCUUCAAGCCAGUGACAGAUACAGUCCAAGGCAAGAUGGGGCUGUGUGUGAGCUGGUGAUUCACAGACUAGACAUGGAUGAUGCUGGAGACUACACCUGUGUGUGUGGAGAAGAGAAGACCAAAGCGACCUUGACUGUCAAGGCCCAAACGGUGGUGUUCCGGAAACCCCUGAAGAGCCAGCAGGCUGAGGAGGGUGGGACAGCUACCCUUCGGUGUGAACUCUCUAAGCCUGAAGCCCCAGUGAUCUGGAGCAAAGGUGGCCUGGAGAUUCAGGCCGACGAGAGGAUCCAGGUACGCCAGAGGGGCUGUAUUGCUGAGUUGCUGAUCAGCCACCUGCAGCUGGAGGACACAGGUGACUACAGUUGUGAUUGUGGUGACCAGACCACCAGCGCCACCCUGACUGUCAAAGCCCUGCCUGUGGUGUUCCAUAAGAAGCUGCGGGCCCAGGAUGGGGAGGUGGGCUCCACCGUGCGGCUGCACUGUGAGGUCAGCAAGGAGGACGCGAGCGUGGAGUGGAGGAAGGGAGCGGUACAGCUAUUCCCCUGCGCCAAAUAUGAGAUGGUGGUCAAGGGGACCACGGCCGAGCUCCUCAUCCAUGAUGCUGAGCAGGAGGACACGGGCGACUACACAUGUGAUACGGGGGACCAGCAGACCACUGCCACCCUUACAGUGAAUGCCCCCAAGCCCAAGUUCAAGACCCGGCUGCAUAGUGAAGAGCUGGAGGAAGGCAGUACAGCCCGACUGCACUGUGAGCUGAGCAUGGCCCAGACCACUGUUGAGUGGAGGAAGGAGGGUGAACUGCUCCGGUCUGGUUCCAAGUAUGAGAUGAGGAAGGAGGGAAGUGUCUGUGAGCUUCUGAUACAUGGACUGGAGGCCAAGGACACUGGCGAGUAUGCCUGUGUGGCAGGUGAUCAGAAGACCCUGGCUACAGUCAAGGUGAAAGAGCCUGAAGUAACCAUUGUCAAAGGACUGACAAACAUGGAGGUAUUCGCCGAUGAGGACGUUGAGUUUCGCUGUGAGGUAUCCAGGGAGCAAACAGGGAACGUGGAGUGGAAGCUUCAGGGCCUGGCCUUGCAGACCAAUGAGAUGAAUGAGAUCUCCGUUGUGGGAGGCCGGGUGCACACACUGAAGCUGAGGAAUGUCACACCAGAGGACACCGGUACCAUCUCCUUCUCUGUGGGCCAACACACAUCAACAGCCGAGCUCAUCGUCAAAGUUCCACCUCCUACCUUCUCAGAGAAGCUGCAGAACACGGAGGCCAAGGAAGCCUCCUCAGUCACCCUCCGCUGUGUGCUGGCCUCUGAUGGGGCCCAGGUGGAGUGGAGGAAGGAUGGGGAUAAGAUCACCCCCAGCGCCAAGUAUGAGCUCCAACAGGAGGGCACUGUCCAUACCUUGAGAAUCCACCACCUCACCCCUGAUGAUGAGGGUGAAUACACGUGCGAAAGCGGAAAGGAGAAAACAACAGCAGCUUUGACCGUUCAAGCUUCCCCGGCCCUCUUCAAGCGUGAGCUCCAGCCCCAGGUGGCCCCAGAAGGAGCUGUGGCCAUUCUGCAGGCCGAGCUUACCAAGCCUGAUGUGCCAGUCGUCUGGAAACGGGGAUCCGUCCGACUUCAGCCCAGCGCCAAGUACGAGAUGAGGCAGGAUGGGGUGGUGGUGGAGUUGCUCAUCCGAGACCUGCAAGCCUCAGAUGCUGGCAGCUAUACCUGCGACUCCAAGGACCAGCAGACAACAACUACUCUGAGCAUCACAGCGCCUGAGGUCAGCAUCGUUGAGCCCCUUCAGGAUGUGAAGCUGUGCGAGGGGGAGGAUGCCAAGUUUGUGUGCCGGCUAUCGAGGGCCCCAGGGCAGGAGGUCCAGUGGCGCCUGGGCGGCGUGCCCCUCCAGUCCAAUGAGAUGAAUGAGAUCACCGUGGAGCGCGGCACCCUCCACACCCUCACUCUGCGCAAGGUGACAGUGGAGGAUGCUGGUGUGGUCAGCUUUCAUGUGGGGACCAGCAGCUCGGAGGCUCAGCUGUGCGUUGCAGCAGCACCUUCUGUAUACUUCCAAGAAGAACUCCAAGAUGUCACUUCAAAAGAGCAAGGCACAGCCACCCUAUGCUGUGAAAUUUCCACACCUGGCACCCCUGUGGAAUGGAGGAAAGGAGGGCAGGUCCUAAAGGCCAGUGCCAAGUAUGAGAUCCACCAAGUGGGCACCCGGGCUGAGCUCAUCAUCCAUACCUUGGAGGCAGAAGACGUUGGUGCCUACACCUGCAUCGUUGGAGACAAGCAGAGCACGGCCACUGUCUCCGUACAAGCAGCAACACCUGUACACUUCCAAGAAGAACUCCAGGAUGUUACUUCAACAGAACAAGGCACAGCCAUCCUGCACUGUAAAAUUUCUACACCUGGUACCCCUGUGGAAUGGAGGAAAGGAGGGCAGGUCCUGAAGGCCAGCGCCAAGUAUGAGAUCCGCCAGGUGGGUACCCAGGCUGAGCUCAUCAUCCACACCUUGGAGGCAGAAGAUGUUGGCGCCUACACCUGCAUCGUUGGAGACAAGCAGAGCACGGCCAGUGUCUCCAUACAAGCCAAGAACACCAUUGUCCGGGGGCUGGAGAAUGUGGAGACAGUGGAAGGAGGAGAGGCCCUAUUUGAAUGCCAUCUGGCCAAGCCAGAGGUUGCCAAUCACAGCUGGCUGAUGGAUGAUGUGCCAGUGAAAACCUCAGAAAACAUUGAGAUGGUCUACUUUGAGAAUGGCCGGAGGCACCUGCUACUGCUAAAGAAUUUGACUCCCCAGGACAGCUGCCAAGUGACCUUCCUGGCCAAUGAUAUGGUCACAUCUGCUUUUCUGACCGUCAAAGGCUGGCGUCUGGAAUUCCUGGAGUCUUUGCUCGAUGUGAAGGUCAAGGUUGGUGCCAAAGCCACUUUUGGCUGUAUGCUCAGUGAGACAGUCCCUGUGAACGAGGUGACCUGGUACAUCAAUGGCAUCGAAAUUCAGCCCGAUGAGGACUGGGUGAUCCAAGCUGAUGGCAGCCGCCACGUUUUGCUCCUCAGGAAUGCCCAGCCCCACCAUGCUGGGGAGGUGACCUUUGCAGCCAGAGAUGCCGUCGCCUCAGCCAAGCUGUCUGUGAUCAGUCUCCCUGACCCUCCUGAAGAUGCUGAGGUUGUUAAACAGAGUGGCCGCUCAGUGACCUUGUCAUGGGCAGCCCCAGGGAGCGACGGUGGUGCUGGCCUGCUUGGGUACAGGGUGGAAAUGAAGACAGCAACAGGCGAAUGGCAGUCAUGUCACAAAGAUCUGGUCCCAGGCACUGAGUGUGUGGUGAGCGACCUUAUUCCUGGGGAGCCCUACCGCUUCCGAAUUGCAGCUGUAGGUCAGGUGGGCACAGGAGAGCCCGUGCACCUGCCUCAGACGGUAAAACUUGAGCCUGUGCAGGCAGUCGCUUCAACCUCCGUAAGCAAGUUGGUGGUGGUCGGGGAGGAAGCUCGCCUGGAGUGUGAGAUGGCAGGUGAGAUCCAGGAGGUGACCUGGAGGAGGGGGAAUGAACUGAUCCAGCCUGGGGGCCGCUAUGAGCUCAUCUCCAAAGGCAAGAAGCAAACACUAGUGAUCCAUGGGUUCCGACCCGAUGACCAAGGCUCCUACACCUGUAGCUCCACUAGCAGCAAAGCCUCUGCUCCUACAUCUUUUGAAGUGGCAGUAUCCCAGGCCCCAGAAGCAGAAGCCUUGCCUGAUGGCCUUGCCCAGCCCAGCUUGCCCCCCGAGGCAGCCCAAGAAGGUGACCUGCACCUGCUGUGGGAGGCUCUCGCUAAAAAGCGCCGCAUGAGCCGGGAGCCCACUCUAGACUCCAUCAGCGAGCUGCCUGAGGAGGAUGAACGGCUGCAGAGGCUACGGCGAGAAGUCGAGGAAGCUGUCCAGGACUUUUCUGAGGGCUAUUCCACUCCUGACGAGCUGGCCCGCACUGGCGAGGCUGAUCUCUCACACACCAGUUCUGACGAUGAGUCUCGUGCUGGGACCCCAUCCCUCGUUAGCUACCUCAAGAAGGCAGGAAAGCCUGGGAGCAAGGCCAAGGCCCCUGGGGCUGCCACUACAAGCAAGCUCAGGAAACCAUCCGAGCAGGCAGAGGCUGAGCCCAUGGCCACCCCUAAGCUGCCUGGCGACCUAACUGCUGAGAUUUUGGAGGACCCCUCCAUGGAUAAGGCUGCUAUAAAAAUACAGGCAGCUUUCAAGGGCUAUAAGGUGAGAAAGGAGAUGAAGCAACAUGAGGGUCCCAGCUUCCGGGAUACUUUUGGGGACGUCGUGGCGGAAGCAGGAGGCUCCCUGCACCUAGAGUGUGUGGCUGUCAGCAAGACAGACAUGAGGACCUGCUGGCUUAAGGAUGGUGUAGAGUUGACAGAUGGACGGCACUACCACAUUGACAACUAUGGGGACGGCACCUGCUCCCUGCUGGUCACUGGCCUUGAGGCCAACGAUGCUGGCUGCUAUACCUGCCAGGUGACCAACAAGUUUGGCCGCAUCUCCCACAGUGCCCAGGUGACAGUAACGGGAGCCACAGUGACCAGCGGAGCCGAGAGUGAGGCAGAGAGCUCAUCAGGCAGUGAGGUGGAUGAUGCUUUCCGCCAGGCCGCCCGGAGACUACAUCGUCUCUUCCGGACCAAGCCCGCUGCAGAAGUAUCCGAUGAGGAGCUGUUCUUCAGUGCAGAGGAGGGCAGUGUGGAGCUGGAAGAGCCCAGUGACCGACAAACCUACCGUGAAGAUGACCGCUAUAUCUAUAUUCGGUUUGAGACUGCCAGUGAGGCCCGCCAGGCGACCACUCGCUUCCAAGAGAUGUUUGCAGCCCUGGGCAUCCUGGUGGAAAUCAACAUCCUGGAGCAAGGACCCCGCAAGGUGGAGAUGCGCAUCAUGAAGGUGGCACAAGCCCCAGCUGGCCAGCUUGCCUACCCUGCAGCCCCCAAGGAGCACCCUUCAACACUACUGACCUCUGACACAGCCCCAGUUUUCCUGACCGAGCUACAGAACCAAGAAGUGCAGGAUGGCUACCCUGUGAGCUUUGACUGUGUGGUGGCUGGCCUUCCAAUGCCCACCGUGCGCUGGUUCAAGGACGGCAAGGUGCUGGAAGAGGAUGACCACUAUAUGAUCAAUGAGGACCAGCAAGGCGGCCACCAGCUGAUCAUCACAGCUGUGGUACCUGCCGACAUGGGCGUCUACCGCUGCCUGGCUGAGAACAGCAUGGGGGUCUCUUCCACCAAGGCUGAGCUCCGUGUAGACUUGACAAGCACUGACUAUGACACAGCGGCUGAUGCUACAGAAACUUCUUCCUAUUUCAGUGCUCAGGGAUACCUAUCCAGCCGGGAACAAGAAGGUACAGAGUCAACUUCAGAGGAAGGGCAGCUACCCCAAAUCCUAGAAGAGCUCCAGGACAUCAAAGUGGCCCCUGGAGCCCGGCUGGCUAAAUUCCAUCUCAAGGUGAAAGGGUACCCAGUGCCCCGCCUCUACUGGUUCAAGGAUGGGCAGCCUUUAUCUACCUCCUCCCGGAUCCUCAAGACUGAUAAGAAGACAGUUCACACUCUGGAAAUCCUCAAUGUCACAAAGGAAGAUGCCGGGGAGUAUUCCGCCUAUAUCAGGAAUGCUGCAGGCUCUGCCUAUUCCUCUGCCCAGCUACUGGUCCAGGGUCCCAAUGAACCAGAAAAGAAGAUAGAUUCAGAUGUCCAUGAACAACUUGUACCUCCAAGGUUCCUGGAAAGAUUUACCAAUAAGAAAGUGAAGAAGGGCUCUAGCAUUACCCUCUCGGUGAAAGUCGAAGGGCAGCCACCUCCAACGGUGAACUGGCUAAAGGAAGAAGCCAAUGAAGAUGUCCUCUGGAUCCGAACUGACACUCCAGGCUACAAGGUCGCCAGCUCCAACCUUCAGCACAGCCUCAUCCUCCUGGACAUAAAGAAGCAACAUGAGGGUUCUUACACAUGCAUUGCCACUAAUAAGGCAGGACAGUCCAUCUGCUCUGCUACCCUGAAAGUCACAGAUGCUCCAGAAAGAGAUGGAGCAGCCAAAGGGCAGAAGAAAGUCAAGGAAGCCCUCAUUUCAAACCUGCUGCAGGGAGCUGGAGCGGGCUCAGUCCAGACAUCAGAAACCACAGACUUUAAUGAGGUUGACCGACCAAAGAAAGGAGAACCAUCAGAAACUGAUGAAGGCAAAGGCCACAUUUCCCUUGCUGACGUUGGAACUGAAGAAUUCCUCCAGAAGUUGACAUCCCAGAUUACUGAGAUGGUGUCUGCCAAGAUCACUCAGGCCACUCUCCGGGUCCCAGGAGGCGAGAGUGAUGAUGAAUCCAAGACCCCUUCCCCAUCUCCCCGACAUGGUCGGUCCCGACCUUCCUCUAGUGUCCAGGAAUCCUCCUCUGAAUCUGAAGAUGGGGAUGCCAGAGGAGAGAUCUUUGACAUCUAUAUGGUCACAGCCAACUACCUGCCCCUGGGAGCAGAUCCAGAGGCCAUCACAUUAAGGGAAGGCCAGUAUGUGGAGGUCCUUGACUCAGCCCACCCACUCAAGUGGCUGGUUCGGACCAAGCCCACCAAGUCCAGUCCUUCCCGGCAAGGCUGGGUGUCACCUGCUUAUCUGGACAAGAGGCUAAAGCUUUCACCAGAGUGGGCAGCCGCUGAAGUACCAGAGUUCCCUGGGGAAUCGGUCUCAGAAGAUGAGUAUAAGAAGAGGCUAAAUGUCGUCAUCCAGGAGCUGCUGAGCUCUGAGCAGGACUUUGUCACUGCCCUCAACUUCCUGCAGACCCACCAUUUGCAACACUUGGAGUCCUGUCCCAGCGUACCUGCCUCCGUGUCCAGCCAGAAACCCGUCAUCUUCCGGAACAUAAGUGACAUUGGCCACUUCCAUGCAGAUUGCUUUCUCCAGCAGUUACAGAAGUGUGACACAGACGACGAUGUGGCCAUGUGCUUCAUCAAGAACGAAGGAGACUUCGAAAAGUACAUCCAGUACCUGGUGGGCCGCGUGCAGGCGGAGUCUGUGGUCGUCAGCAAGGCUGUCCAGGAGUUCUACAAGAAAUAUUCCGAGGAGACGCUUUCAGGAGCUGAUCCGAUGCAGCCUCCCUUGCCUCCCCUACAGCACUACCUGGAGAAACCCAUCCACCGGAUCCAGCAAUACCAGACUGUUAUCAAGGAGCUGAUCCGGAACAAGGCACGAAAUGGGCAGAAUUGUGCUCUCCUGGAGCAGGCCUAUGCAACUGUGUCUGCCCUCUCCCAGCGGGCUGAGAACAAGCUCCAUGUGUCACUCAUUGAGAACUACCCUGGGACUCUGGAGGCUCUGGGGGACCCCAUUCGCCAGGGUCACUUCAUUGUGUGGGAGGGAGCCCCGGGGGCCAGGAUGGGCUGGAAGGGCCACAACCGGCAUGUUUUCCUCUUCCGGAACCACCUGGUGAUCUGCAAGCCCAAACGGGACUCUAGGACAGACACCUACAGCUAUGUCUUCAGAAACAUGAUGAAGCUGAGCAACAUCGAUGUGAAUGACCAGGUGGAGGGGGAUGACCGGGCCUUCGAGGUCUGGCAUGAGCGUGAGGACUCAGUUCGCAAAUACCUGCUACAGGCACGCACUGUCAUCAUCAAGAACUCCUGGGUGAAGGAGAUCUGUGGUAUCCAGCAGCGGCUCUCCUUACCUGUCUGGAGUCCUCCAGACUUCGAGGAAGAGCUAGCGGACUGCACAGCCAAGCUGGGUGAGACUGUCAAGCUGGCCUGCCGGGUGACCGGGACCCCAAAGCCCAUCGUCAGCUGGUACAAAGACGGGAAGCCAGUGGAUGUCGAUCGUCACCACAUCUUCAUAGAGGACCCCGACGGUUCCUAUGCCCUCAUCCUGGACAACCUGACGGGUGUGGACUCAGGACAGUACAUGUGCUUUGCCGCCAGUGCAGCUGGCAAUGCCAGUACCCUGGGCAAGAUCCUUGUGCUGGUCCCUCCACGAUUUGUGAACAAAGUCCGAAAUGCCCACUUUGUGGAGGGUGAAGACACUCAGUUUACAUGCACCAUCGAGGGAGCGCCUUACCCCCAGAUCAGGUGGUACAAGGAUGGCACUCUGCUGACCGAGAGCAGCAAAUACCAGAUGUUCAACGAACCCCGGAGUGGGGUGUUGGUACUAGUGAUCAAGAAGGCCUGCCAGGAGGACAUGGGGCAUUAUGAGUGUGAGCUGUCAAACAAGCUAGGAUCCGCCCGCAGUGGAGCAGAGCUGUUCGUGCAGAGCACAGCCUUACUGGCCCAGGAGAAGAGAGGAGAACAAGCCAUCACCAUCGAAGUCACCGAGCAAGAGACUAAAGUGCCCAAGAAAACCAUCAUCAUAGAAGAAACAAUAACCACAGUGGUGAAGAGUCCCAGGGGGAGGCAGCAGACAUCCCAUAGCAAAUCUCCCUCUCGCUCGCCUUCCCGUCGCUCAGCUCCCCAGACGCCAAGGCCCAGCAUGCUGACCCCAGAGCCGCUUUACUCUUCAGCAAGCAGGCAGCAAGUCCUGAGGUCAGAGUCCGAGGCUGUGAGGACAACUGUCAUCCCAGAACUGUAUGUCACUGAGGUUGGGGAACACCAUGCAGCAGCAUCCAGAGCCACCAUUGUGGAAACCAGAGUGGGAGAGCAGAAACCUAAAUGGGUAGAGGUGGAAGAGAUCAUUGAGGUCAAAGUGAAGAAAUCCGACCAGAGGAGUGCUUCUCCAUCUAGACCAGAGAAGGACCACUCAGGAGUACUAACUUUCACCCUUCCCAGCCCAAGGUCCAGGCCUUCCCCUGAAGAAGACCCCAACACAAAUAACUCUAACAACACAUCGAUGGCCCAAGCUAAGUUUUCCUCGUCUACUGAUGGUCUCUCAAAUAAACCUUCUGAGACAGUUGGAACAGAACAGGUGGGAACCCUGGAAUCACCUGAAGACCUCAGCUUUCCCUGCAGCUCUGAGGAACUAGGUGAUGAUACCCAUAUUGUUAACCCAGCAGAAUGCCAGAGCUUCCUUUGUGAGGGAACUGGAAAUUCAGCAACUUCAGCAACUGUUCCCCCAACAGAGGCUUGUGUUGAAGAGUCCUUUGUGUUUUGUUUUGAGACUGGUGAUACAGGAAAGGCUGAAGGUGUUCCUUUCCCAGAAAGCCCUCAACUGGAAGCCAUUGACUCCAGUGAGCUACUCAGCUCUUGGGUUGCUGAAGAAGAGAUGGUUGCUGAGGAGGACCAUGAGAGCCCCAUGAUAGAGGAAGAAGAAGAGGAGGAAGAGGAAGAAGAGAAGGAAGAGCAGGAGGAGGAAGAGGACAAGGGUACCAUUAUAACUGAUGAGCCAGUAGAACAAGAUGUAAUUGAUAUCCAAGGCCGUGACACCAAAAUCCUCACUCAUAAUGGCAAAGUAUUGACACUGGCAGAUCUUGAAGAUUACGUUCCCCAGGAAGGGGAGACCUUUGGCUGCAGGGAUCAGCCCCCCUCUACCACUGAUGACAAACCCUGUGAAAUCUCUGUGCUGCAAACUGAGAUCAAUGAGCCUACCAUUGGUCAACCCAUCUUGCUCAAUGUGGGACGACCAGUGUCUCCAAAGCCCCCUCCAGGCUUCUUCAGCAAAUUCAAGGAACAUGUUCCCCAGAGUGCAUUUCUGUCAGCAUCCAGGGUAAUGGGGAUGCAGAGCAUGGGCCCCACCAAUAUCUCCUUCCACGUGAGUGAGACACAUGUGGCAGCCACACCCAGGCCCAGCCCAACAGGUCCUAUACCAAUAAGUGUAGGUGCUUCUCCCAUUAACCAGCCUCCCUUCUCAGUGAAGCCAUCCUUCUGUACCAAAGUCCAACACUCAGUCGACCACAGCCAGCCCAGCUUCCGGACGGAAGUGUCUGCUCAGACUGUCAACUUUGGUACUGUUGGUGAGACAGUCACACUGCACAUCAACCCAGAUAGUGAUGAUGCUUCCCAGAGAAGGGUCCCAUCACAGGCCCAUCUGGAGGAGUCUGUCCGGGCCUCCCUUGAACGUGCUGACCAGGAGAUCCAGACUGCCUUGAAGAAGCUGGGGGAUGCAGCAUCACUGGGCCCAAGCCCCGAGGUCCUUCCACCUGGGGGCUCUCUUCCUCUGGACACUGAAGGCAAGCCUGUGACCAUCCAGGAAACAGGCACGCAAACCCAGAGUGGGAGAGACCAGGCUUACCAGGUUGGGCUUCUUCUCCUUCCCUGGGCAAGCAGCCCCCAGCCUCCCCUAACCCCCUGCUGCAUGGGCUUUGUGACUGCUGUUUUCCUCCCAGCUCAGAGGCCUUUUUCACUUCCUCCAGAGUUCCUGACUUUGUUCUGGCUGUCAGGUCUCAGCCGCAUCAAAGCUGAUGCCUUGUGUUAUGAGUAUUUGUCAGGCUACUUCAGAUUUGUUAGUUUCGUGAUACUUUGUACCCCUUGGACCCUGGAAAAUGAUGGGGCACAGGACAGCUCUGGGAAGAUGCCCAAUGAAGACUGGAGCGGCCCCCAGCCUGCCCCAAGCGCCAGCGAGAAGGAGGAGACGGCAUCGGCCAGUGGCCCCCAGGAGCGUACCAUCCCUAUUCGGAUGGAGGGUACAACUUGGCCAGGGAAGGAGGGGGCUGAGGGAGCCUGGGACAUCCAGAGGCACAUCUAUGUCGAGACCACACAGAGGACCUGCAUCUAUCAGGCUGGAGAUGGGAGCACCACAAAACCCCCUUCCAUGCAGGUGACCAUUGAAGAUGUACAGGCUCAGACCGGGGAAACAGCAAAGUUCCAGGCAAUCAUCGAAGGGUAUCCCCAGCCCACAGUGACCUGGUACCAGGGCAGCACCUUGCUGACCAACAGCCCCCGAGUCUCCCAGGAACAAGAAGGCACUAACUACUCCCUGGUCUUGAAGGACAUAACCCAGCAGGAUGCUGGUAUCUACACCUGCCUGGCCAGGAAUACCAGUGGCGAGGUCCUGUGCAAAGCAGAAUUGCUGGUCCAAGGUGGUGAGACUGAGCCGGGAGCCGAAAAGCAGAGUUACCGAAGGAAACUCCACUCCUUUUAUGAAGUCAAGGAAGAAAUAGGAAGGGGUGCUUUUGGCUUUGUGAAGAGGGUUGAGCACAAAGGCAACAAGGUGUCCUGUGCCGCAAAGUUCAUCCCCCUUCGGACCAAGACACGGGCCCAGGCGUAUCGGGAGCGGGACAUCCUGGCCACCUUGAAUCAUAAGCUGGUCACUCAGCUCCUCGAUGAGUUUGAGACCAGGAAAACACUCAUCUUGAUCCUGGAGCUGUGUUCCUCUGAAGAGCUCCUGGACCGCUUAUACAAGAAGAAUGUGGUGACUGAAACCGAGGUGAAGGUAUAUAUAAAGCAGAUUUUAGAAGGCCUCAAGUACCUCCAUGACAACAACAUCCUGCACUUGGACAUUAAGCCUCCUAACAUCCUAAUGGCUCACCCCACUAAGGAAGAUAUUAAAAUCUGCGAUUUUGGCUUUGCCCAAAAAAUCAUCCCCCUGGAGCCCCAAUACAGCAAAUUUGGUUCGCCGGAGUUUGUCUCCCCAGAAAUUAUCACCCAGACCCCUGUGACGACCGCAUCAGAUAUCUGGGCUGUUGGUGUCAUCACCUACUUAAGCUUGACCUGCACAUCCCCAUUUGCUGGUGAGAAUGACCGGGCGACUCUCCUGAAUGUGCGGGAGGGGAAGAUCCCCUGGACCACCCCCCAGGCCAUCCACCUGAGCGAGGAAGCAAAGGACUUUAUAAAGGGGAUUCUUCAGCCGGCACCAGAGGCCAGACCUAGUGCUUCCAAAUGUCUCGCCCACCCAUGGUUUAUGAAGCCCUCGGUGCCCCCAGAGGAGGCUCACUUCAUCAACACCAAGCAGCUGAAAUUCAUCGUGGCCCGGAGCAGGUGGCAGCGGUCUUUGAUGUGCUACAAAUCCAUCCUGGUGAUGCAGUCUAUCCCAGAACUCCUGCAGGGCCCGUCAGACAGCCCAUCCCUCGGCAUCUCCCGGCACCUCAUCAAAGAGGCCAGCUACUCGACCAGCAGCUCCUCCUCAGACAACGAGAUUGCAGCCUACUCCCAGGCCAAGUCCCUGCCACCUUCACCAGGAACGUACUCCCCUGUCUUGCCACCCAAGAGUCUCCUCCAAAGCUCUGCUAGCCUCCCCGAGGAGGGUGAACUCCCUGCAGGUGCCACAGGGACCCCAAGAGGCACUGACCAUAGAUGGGAACAGCGUGGCAAGCUAUCUCCUCGGGCUUCCCAGAGGUUCUGGGAGCAGCCUCAGUUACUGAAGACAGCCUCUGCUGACAGUAUGACCUUCAAGGAAGGGGAAAGUGAGACUGUAGGGGUAGCCUCCUCCCAGGAAGGGGACAGGACAGCAGUCAAGGGUGCUACCUGUGUGCCCCGGCAGAGUGUUAUCAACAGUACAUUCUCUUGGCAGGCCUGUGAGGCUGCAGAACGAGAGGGUACAUCUCCUGUCCAUGAUUACAGGAAGCACUUGGAGAGGGCCCGAAGGAACCUUCUGAAGGGCUGGUACUCCAAAGGAGCCCUUCGGGGCCUGCGGGAGCCGCUGCUAGAACACUAUGAAAUGGAGGAGGAGGAAGCCCGGGAGGCCCAGGUGGGCCUGUUGACCAAGUCAUCAUCUUUUGAGACAGCUCUCCGAUUACCUGGCUCUACUUCUCUAGUCUCCAACCGAAGCCAUUCAUUUGAUGACUACAGGCUAAGAACCAGCAGCCCCUUCCCAGAGCUAAGUGAGGGGAAAGAGCAGAGCAAGGACCUAGACACUAGUGAUACUAGUGGGGCCCACCCCACUGCAGGAGAAUCCCCAAAGAUCAGCCAGUCAGAAAGUCCAGGGGGAACUACCAUGCCCCUGGCACCAGCCAAAGAACAAGAAAUCAUGAUGGGAGCAGCCUCUUCGUCACAGGGUACUUCAUUGCCUGCCUCUUCAAGCCAGAAAGAAGGAGGGUCAGUGCUAAAGGCUAGGCCCCCUCUGCCCAAAAGUUCAGGUUCAAAGGUGACAGGCACCUGCCAGGAAGGUCAGUGCCCCACCUCAUCUGUCCCACAUUCACAGAUGGCUUUGAGCUCAUCUUGGGAGAAUAGUUCCCUAAAGAGCUCAAACCCCUUUCUGUUGAGUGAUUCCACAACCAUGCUCCAGGGUGGGAACUAUCCAUUGGUACCCGCCCCUGACUUACAAGUAACCCCAGGAGCAGCCACUGAGAACAGACAGACAGAUGACUCUCUAAAGCAUUCAAAUCCAUUCCUCUCCAGUGACCUGGGGCCCAGCAGUUUCCCAACCACAGGCUCUGGACCCUCAGCUUCCACCAGCGAUGAGGGUGAUCACAAGGAGGCAUCUCUAAAGCGAUCCAACCCAUUCCUGUGCAGUGACACAGGGUCUGCCCUUCAGGAGGGCACUGGAUUCCCUGGAGACCCCCUCAAGACAUCCAAUCCUUUCCUUUACCAUGACCCAGGGUCUGCUCUUUCAGAGGGCAGUGCUGCCUGGGAUACUGCCAUCCUACAAAAACAGGGAACCCCCAGUUCAGCCUUACCUGGCACCCACAUGGAAGGGCUAUUGAAGACAUACAGCUACCUCCUCCCAGGUCAGCCUCAGUCUGCAGACUGCCCCGGGCUGUCAGCCUUCCAAACCCAAACCAGCCCAUUCACAAGUUCAGCAAGUGAACUCCAUAGCUAUUCAGGAUCUGCUUUUCUGGGGGACAUUUCUCCAUCAGAGGGUGCCCCAGGUUUGACUUCCAAGAGUGACUAUUUCUAUAGUGCAACGGAAUCAGUGUCCUUAGAGGAUGUUGUGGAGAAGAUGGUAGAUUUGUCCAAGGAGAUGACGGUCCUAGCUGACUCAGUGUCUGACCAGCAGGACACAAAGGCACAGACUGUACCCAGGAAGUUUUCCUAUGGAGAACGUGGGGGCUAUGUAGGAGUCGGGGGCUAUGGUAGCUUUGCCUUUGGGGGAGGGGAAACUGUGCUAGGCCAGAGGCCAAUGUGGAUUGCCAGAACCUGGACUGAGUCAAUAUCAUCUGAAGAGCCAGAGGAGACAGUGCCAGAGAACACUCAAUCAGAAACGAAGUCUGCAUCCCUCCCUGAGAUUGUGGAAACUGGCAAGGAUGCUGGGAAAGAGACUGGGAAAGAUGCUAGGAAGGAGACAGGAAAAGAGACUGGAAAGGGGUCAGGGGAAUUCCUCUCAUGGGAGGAAUUUGGCAAAAGCUCCCAGGUAUCCUUGGUGCAAAUCAAAGACCUUUCUGAAGACUCUUCUAUUGGAGACAGAGUGUCUCUAGACAUCUCUGAAGUGGAACCAGCCUACCUAAACUUGUCUGAUUUGUAUGAUAUCAAAUACCUUCCCUUUGAGUUUAUGAUUUUCAGGAAGGUCCCCAAACCAGUUGAAAAAGAAGUCCCAGCCCACCUGGAAGUGGAGAGCAUAGAUAGGACAGAUUUAGAAGAAGCCUGGCACAAGCAAGAAGAAUUUGGGCUCUUUCCCAUUAGAGCCACUGGGCAACAGAGAAGUCUAGAGAUAAUGGAAGACUUGGACCCAACGGAACUCAUGAGUAAGGACACCAAGGGCCUUAUGGACACUAGUAGAAAGAAGAGGAAAUCCUCCCCAACCAAACCUGGAUUCUUCAGUUUCUCUGGGAAAUACCAGUCUCUGGACAGCCCAGUUGAACACAGCCUGAAGAAGAAAGUGAAGGCCUCAGUGGCCCAUAUUUCAAGAAUCCUAAAGGGCAAGCCAGCCUUUGAGCAAGAAAGACGAGAAGUUCUGGAGGAGGAAGAGGCUUUCAAGAAGAAAUCAGGAUUGUCAUCAUUCAGACUCUCUGGAAUGAAAACCAAAGACAGGGCACCUUUGUUUGUAAAGGAGCUCACAGAUGAGGCUGUCAUCCUGGGCCAGUCAGUUACACUCUCCUGCCAAGUCUCUGCUCACCCGGCUCCACAGACUGAAUGGUUCAAAGAUGGGAUCCCCAUUCAGACCAGCAGCAGGCUCCUCAUCUCCUCCACGCUCAAAAACUUCCAGCUUCUGACCAUACUGGUAGUAACUGAGGAAGACCUUGGAGUUUACAAGUGCACUGUGAGCAAUUCCCUGGGGACAGCAUCUACAAUUGGCAUCAUUAGGAAAGCAGAAAUACCCUCCUCUCCUCCACGCCCGGACAUUGGAGAGAUAUAUGAAAAUGGGGUACUCCUGGUCUGGAAGCCCGUGGAAUCCCACAGUCCAGUGACUUACAUCAUACAAUGCAAGAUAGAAGGUGGAGACUGGAUCACACUGGCAUCUGACAUCUUUGACUGCUGUUUCUAUGCCAACAACCUUUCUCACGGUGGAAUGUACUCCUUCCGAACAGCCUGUGUCAGCAAGGCAGGCAUGGGACCAUACAGCAGCUCCUCAGAACGAAUCCACAUCGGCGAUCACAACCAGAUGGGACCAGCCAUCAUCCCAGAUGUGUUCCCAGGGGCCACCAAGGAGAAGAAUGGGAAAGUCAUUCAAACUCAACCUCUCUCAAGCCAGCAAACCUAUGCCUUUCAAAUGGAAAUUCGAAGGGGUCGAUUCAGUGUCGUACGGCAAUGCAGAGAAAAGUCGAGUGGGCGGGUCAUGGCAGCAAAAAUCAUCCCCUACCGGCCAGAAGACAAACUGGCCACACUCAGAGAGUAUGAGGUCCUGAAGGCCCUCCACCACCCCAAUAUUGCACAGCUCUUUGGGGCCUAUAUCAGCCCUCGACAUCUGGUACUCAUCUUGGAGUUCUGUGCUGGGCCAGAGCUACUUCAAUGCUUGGCUGAAAGGGCAACCUAUUCCGAGAUGGAAGUGAAGGACUAUUUGUGGCAGAUCCUCAGUGCCACUGAGUUCCUCCAUGCCAACCACAUCCUGCAUUUAGACCUGAGGUCUGAAAACAUGAUUGUCACUGAGUACAACUUACUCAAGAUCCUUGACUUUGGCAAUGCCCAAUUCUACACCCAAGACAAGGUCCUUCCCACAGAGAAGUUCAAAGACUACAUUGAAACCAUGGCUCCUGAACUCUUGGAGGGCCACGGAGCCAUCCCACAGACAGAUGUGUGGGCCAUUGGUGUAACAGCUUUCAUCAUGCUGAGUGCUGAGUAUCCUGUUAGCAAUGAGGUGACCUGUGACCUGCAGAAGGGCCUGAGAAAAGGGAAGAUUAAGCUGAACCGAUGCUAUGCUGGCCUGUCAGGAGGAGCAGUAUCCUUCCUCCAGAGCACCCUGUGUGCCAACCCAUGGGGAAGACCUUGUGUAUCCAGUUGUCUUCAGUGUCCCUGGCUGACCAAAGAGGGCUUGGAACAUACCCAGCAAAUGUCAGUGACCUUUUCUACCAGCCGGCUAAGGACUUUUAUGAAGGAGCGGGAAAAGAAGCGAGCCCUGCUCUACAAGAAACACAACCUUGCCAUCUUCCACUAAGUGUACUGGAGAGCGCGCCUGUAUAUUUGAUCCCAUUCAUUGCAGUGACAAUUCCUGUCUCUGAGGAUGUUGUUUUGAGUGCAUAGUUUAAUUUGGGGAUUGCUAUUACAAACUUGCUAGUCUCUACAACUCUAAAUCUACACAGAACUUUGUCCCAUUCCUGCUCCUGGGUAUCCAGUCCAUCAGGCAAGAACUCUGAGCUCUGGGUUGGUUCCUCUGUCCAACCUGCAAUGACUUUUGUCCUAAGGAGGCAAGUCAGCAGUGGCUCCAGGACAGAGAUCUUAGUUAAAUGUCCCUUGGAAGAGUUGGAUUAGAAAAAGUGAGCUGAGAUGAAAUCAGACAAAAAUUUCAGGAGAAAUUGGCUGUGAAAAUGAGAUUGCUUUGUGUCUUCUAGACCACCACCCCAGUUGCCUUAAAAGAAAAUUUGGGACUCUGCAGGCAGCCAUUUAGAUCCUAGAGCAAGAUGGGUAGGUAGAUCGUAGGUAGACCCUCUCCUGCUUCAGGUUAGGGCCUCUUUAUGGUCAAUCCUUUCAUUUUCUGUGGUUUUAUUUAGAAUUUCAACCAGCUCUUUGGUGUCAACAUUUGUCUCCAGGAAAUCAGAGGAGCCUGGAGCCUUGCCAAUUUACUACAACAAAGUACCUUUUGUGUGCAAAGCCCCUUGUUUUACCCUAGGGGAAGAUACAGAGUUUAGAUAAGAUGUAGUCCCAGACCCUCUUGGAGCUCACAAAUACAGUAGGGGGAUAAGGCACAUACCCAAAUAACUAUACCUUUUCAGUGUUCCAUGAAAAAUGCAUCAGAGAGGUGCAAACCAAGUACCAAGGAGAAGGUCAUUACAGAGGCCUAACAAUCUUUCUUUGGGCUCUUUGGUUAAGUGCACCAAGCUAGGAAAAGUGGGAGGGAGGCCCGAGUUGGAAGAGGGAGCUAACUGGUCUUCACCUGAGGGGUGAGGGGGAACCCAAUUAGCCUCUGGCAGAAAAGUCUUAUGUCUUCAUGUAUUCCCAAGGCUCUCUCCUUGAAGUUUCUCCUAGCUACCAAAAUGUUUUGUUUGGUAAAUAAAUACUCUCUGUCAAAGUGAUAAAUUAUGGCUUUA